CUGCCUUUUGGCUCAAUAAAUUCUCUGCUGAUCCAAAAAAAUUAAAAAUUAAAAAUCUCAUCAAUUUCUUCAUCAAAAUGUUUUCAUCCAAAGUUUUUCUCCUUUGCUUUUUCUUCUUCUCCUUCCUUUCCUUAGCAACAAAUGCUUUCAAUAUCACCGAACUCCUCAGCAGUUUCCCAGAUUACUCCACAUUUAGCAACUAUCUAGCCCAAACCCAAGUGGCAGAUGCGAUCAACCGCCAGUCGACCGUCACCGUGCUCGUGGUCGGCAAUGGUAACAUGCAAAUGGUUUCCAGCCUUCCAAUGGACACCAUCAAGACGUUACUGACCCUGCACGUCCUUCUCGAUUACUUGGACACUCAGAGGUUCAAUGAUAUGCAGAACAGUACGGUUCAGGUCACCACACUUUAUCAAACGACUGGUCUGGCUACCGGCGGCCGUGGGCAGGUGAAAAUCAUGGGUUCCACCAACGGUGACGUGACAUUCCAGUCUGCCGCUGAUGGGUCCACUGAGAAUUCCGAGUUUGUUAAGACCAUUCUAACUCAACCGUAUAACAUCUCUGUCCUGGAAAUUAGCAAUCUUAUAACCCCACCAGGGCUUUCUGGCGGUAAUUCUAGCUCAAAUUCGAGCGCCACCGCCCCAUCCCCGUCGUCCUCAUCUCCUGCACCAACAAAUUCUACUCCAGCUAGUUCCCCAGCUACGUCUCCGACCGCGGCCGUUACCCCUGCAGCCAGUAACACCCCUGCUUCCCCUGCUUCUGCACCAUCAGUUGCAGUAUCUCCGGCAUCAUCAUCCUCGCCUAAUGCCAGUACAGUUCCUACUUCUGCACCAACUGGAGCACCUCCGAAACCAUCAGCAGAUGCUCCUUCACUGGUACCUCAGGCUAAUGAUACUCCAGCAAAUGAAACGACAAACGCCCCUUCAGGGAAUCCUUCCGCUGCAGCAGUGGCUGCCGGAGUCAAGUCCUCUUUUUUGGCGUUGAUGUUUGCGACUGCUUGGUUAUGGGUCAGGGUGAUUUGAUAAAGCAGAGGAAAUUAAGAGAUGGAGAAUAAAGCUUGGGUUCUCUGCAAUGUGUAAUCCAUUUUGUUUGAACUCUAGCAAAUGUAGCAGCGAAUUCAUGUUCCAAGUGUUUUUCUCAUUUUCUCAGAAAUGCAAUUUUUAUUUCU